UCUUAAAGUUACUAUGACAUAGCCGGGUAGGAGUUUUUGUGAUUUUAUGCGACAAUAGACAAUUUUUGUGCUGAUUGUUUAUGAACUUUUUCGUGCUCUAAACCUGUGGGCUUGAAGGAAGCUGAAGUUCACUCGGCAGAUCAAAAGAAGAUACUCAAAAUCAUAAUGGAGAUGAUCCAAUCCGUCUUAGUUACUGGGGCCAGUCGAGGCAUUGGUCUGGAAUUCGUAGAACAGUUCCUGACAAGUGUUUCGUUGCAAGCCAAAAUUAUCAUUGCAACAUGCCGGUCACCAGAGACAGCCACGGCUUUGCAGGAGCUGGGCAAAUCCAGUGAGAGAGUUCACAUUUUAAAAUUAGACGUUACUCGGUUCGACACAUACGAGGAAUUCGCGCUUCAAGUCGGAAGUAUCGUUGGCGACAAAGGAUUGACAUUACUCAUAAAUAAUGCUGGUAUCGCAGAAGGAAGCUUGGAAGAUACUUUACUGGAUAUCACUCCGCAAAGAUUCAUCUCGCAUUUCACGACUAACAGUGUUGCUCCUGUUAUAUUGACACAGGCCCUCUAUCCGCUAUUAAAGCAGUCUGCACAAGUGAAUUCAUCUGAGACCAACAGCGGCCUAGGUAUCAAACGGGCGGCAGUAAUAAACAUCACCUCCAUUCUAGGAUCCAUCAAAAAAUGCGGCAGUCAUAUUCCCAGAAAUUGGAGUUAUAAUGAGAGCAAGGCUGCAUUGAACAUGAGCACUCAAGCACUUGCCGCUGAGCUGGAAAAAGAUGGCAUUUUGGUCGAAAGUAUCCACCCCGGAGUAGUUCGAACGGACAUGACCAAAGGCGUCGAAGAUACUUUUCCAAUGAUUGACAAAAUUACAAGUGUGGAAGGGAUAAUUGCGGCUAUAAUGCACCUUAAGGGAAAGAACAAAGACGGGUUUUUGGAUUACAGAGGCAAUAUUUUGCCAUUUUAAUUGCAACUUUCGGUCUGGACGAACGCCAGCUGGAUCUUAAAUUUUCCUCAUAUCCUUUCACGCACAGUGGAGCGAGUCGAUA